GUCCCUGCACGGCGGUGGGCGGGCCCCUGGGGCGGUGGCGGUUACGCGCAUGCGCCGGGGCUGGAGGGGCUGCGUUCCCUUUGGAGGGCAGGUUUCCAGAAUCCAAAUGGCUCUCUUAAGCAGGCAACUGGGUUUAUCCUUAAGCCACCUGAGCAGUGCAGUGAUCCAGCGACAUUUCAGCACCACUGGGGCAUGCCGAGCGAUACAGAAACUCACCCGUGUGCGAGUGGUGGACAACAGCAGCUUGGGUAACACACCCUACCACCGACCACCAAAAUGUAUCCAUGUGUAUAACAAGACUGGAGUUGGCAAAGUAGGAGAUAAAAUCCUUCUGGCUAUCAAAGGAGAAAAGAAGAAGGCUUUGAUUGUAGGGCACAAGAUGCCUGGUCCCCCCAUGACACCUAGGUUUGAUUCCAACAAUGUGGUACUCAUAGAAGACAAUGGAAAUCCAGUAGGGACUAGAAUAAAAACACCAAUACCCUAUAUCCUGCGGCAAAGAGAAGGAGAGUUCUCCAAAGUAUUGGCCAUCGCCCGCAGCUUUGUAUGAAAGCUAAAAAAGGUUUCUGGACAUCCUGGUUAUAUGCUUUCAUACAAUAGCUGUUCCUUGGUCCUUUUCUGGAAAAUGGUGAAGUGUGAAUAAAUUGGCUCAUCAAGAGUCUCUCAUUUAAGAAACACAAACAAGUAUUUUAAAUGCUGAAAUACCUUGUUUCUCUCCAAAAUAAUGUUGAUCUAUUUCACAGAACUUCUGCAGUGCUUUGGGGCAAUGCUCCUUCACGCUUACUGCCCUGGUGUUGUGAAUUUGGUCUCUAAUCAUUAAAAUCAGAACAUGAAAAUCC